CAGGACACGGUGAUGGCCCUGCAGGCCCUGGCGGUCUACGCGUCCCACGAGGGACUGGGGGAUGUGGCCGCGGACGUCCGUCUGUCCUCCUCCGGCUGGGAGCACGCGUUCCACCUCACCGAUCGGAAUCGCCUGGUCCAGCAGAUCGUCUCCGUCCCGUCUCUUCCCGGUGACAUCAAGAUCUCCUCGGCCGGGAGCGGCUGCGUCCUCGUUCAGGCGACGACGCGGUAUUCGGCGUUCGGAGGGCCCGAGAAGAGGGGGAUGAGGCUGACCGUAGAGGAGAGGCCGCUCGACGCGCACGGAUGCGACCGGCAGACGAUUCGCGUCUGCGUCGCGCAUUCCGGACCCGGCAACGCAUCCAGCAUGGCCCUGCUCCAAGUCUCCAUGCUCUCCGGUUUCGAACCAGGGAAAAACGCC